UCCAACAACUCAAGAAACUAUGACACCGUCCAAAUCCCCUAUCACUCUUACCAUUCUUGCAUCCCUGAUCCUCCACUUGCUGCCAAACUCUUGUUGUUUUGAGAUUGAAAUAGAUUAUGUAAACGCCGUCCCCGUCCCAGAUUGUGAUGUUGAUCUUCUUGAAUUCCCUCUGAAUUUAGAGUACCUGGAAGCUGAGUUUUUCUUGUUUGGCUCAUUGGGUUUUGGUUUAGACAAAGUUGCUCCAAAUUUAACCUCUGGAGGUCCCCCGCCGAUUGGGGUUCGAAAGGCUAAUCUGGACCCUUUCACCAGAGAACAAGAAGUCGGACACUUGAGGGCAAUUAAGAAUACUGUGAAAGGAUUUCCAAGGCCAUUGUUGGAUUUGAGUGCAAAAUCAUUUGCAAAGGUGGUUGAUAAGGCAUUUGGGAGGCCAUUAUCUCCACCUUUUGACCCAUAUUGCAACAGCAUCAACUACCUUCUUGCAUCCUAUUUGAUUCCUUAUGUUGGAUUAACUGGAUAUGUUGGAGCAAACCCCAAACUUCAAGGAUCUGUCUCAAAAAGGCUUGUUGCAGGCCUUCUAGGUGUGGAGUCUGGCCAAGAUGCAGUCAUCCGAGCAUAUCUAUACCGGCGACGACUAGAGCCGGUGCAACCAUACGGAAUAUCUGUGGCAGAGUUCACAGAACGUUUUUCAGAUCUAAGGAAUAAAUUAGGACGCAAAGGUUUGAAAGAUGAAGGGCUUAUAGUUCCCCUAGUACGAGGUGCAGAGGGAAAGACUAAAGGCAAUGUCCUUGCAGGAGACCAAUUCUCUCUUUCAUAUGACAGGACACCAGAGGAGAUACUCAGAAUUGUGUAUGGAACAGGUAAUGAAGGUCUUCCCGGAGGUUUUUUCCCAAAAGGAGGAGAUGGUCGAAUUGCCAAAUCACAUUUACACAAAGCAUGAACCCUGUAGAGUAGAUUAGUGUAAGAGUUCUGAGCAUAUUAUUAUCGUUUUAUUUCCUGCUACCACAGCAAAUAAAUAUGAGUUUCUGUAACC